AACACCGUUAAUACUGCCUUAUCGAGUACAUACUACUACUGUACAUAUCGUCCGCAUCAGUAUUGAUCGCAUUGCCUGUGAAUAUCCAUCAUUUUGAAAUCGGCAUCAGGGCCAACAACGUUUACGGCUUUCUUCGGAGGUCCAGCAAUGACCGCCUCGGGUCCAGUCUCAACAAGCUUGACAAUCACAAAUCCGCUGGUACAAUAUAGGACACUCGUUGCCACCAAACAGCUGAAACCCGAUCCUGCUCAGCUUCGCGUCGCCGUCCACUUGCAAAAGCUCUACUUUGAGCUCAAAGACUACAAACCAGAUCUUGGGUACCGAGACCGUCUGGAUAGCAUUUCUCGGAUCAUAGGGAAGUCACAACGCCCGGGUGCGGAAGUCAAGUCGAUACGGUCAUGGAGAUCCUUCUGGUCAGGCCGGCAGCGCGAAGGCCCAUCGUUGGACCUUACUCUGACAAAGAGUGACCUCGAGUCUGUGUACAAUGUCAGGUCUCCCAAGGGUCUAUUAUUGCAUGGAGAAGUCGGCACGGGGAAGACGAUGCUCGUUGAUUUGCUCGCCAAUUCACUACCUACUGAGCGGAAAAGAAGGUGGCAUUUCAACAAUUUUAUGCUGGAAAUUAUCAGGGAACUGGAAAAGCAGCGACUGCAGUCACCGCCUCCGACUCCAUUUCGUGAUCCUUAUGAGGAGAACUCGGUCUUCACCCUGGCUCGGCAUCUAGCAUCGACUACGCCUAUUAUUUUUCUGGAUGAAUUCCAACUUCCGGAUAGGGCCUCGUCGAGGAUUUUGUACUCGCUCCUUCUGGGAUUUUUCCAGAUGGGUGGUGUCAUCAUAGCAACCAGCAAUAGAAUGCCCGAGGAUCUAGCUAGAGCGUCUGGAAGGGGGUUCCGGUCUUUUCAACGUAUGAAAGACGGGGCUACACAAAUGGGUGCUUCGAUACCAGACUCUGGUUCAACCAUCGACACAAACGAGGCUGCGAAAUCAAAUGACACGCCUCUUUUCUUGGAAAUCCUCAGAUUGAGAUGCCAUACUUUGGAAAUGGAAGGUUGUAAAGACUGGAGGAGAGAAGAUGAUAAUGGUCCUAUCCAUCUACAGUUGUCACAUGAUGAUCCCACUGUGAACACAGACUCUACUAUCAAGCGGGACACAGCUGUGCGAGAAUAUAGAUCAAAGACAGAUUUAUACUGGACCGAUACGCCUACCUACUACUUCAUCCCAUCCGGCCAACAGAAAUCAAGUGCCGGUGAAGAACACAAGUUGUGGGAACAUGUAAUCGGUAUUGUUCUCUCUGAAGCGGGUGGAACUUCGGAACAAUGGCAGAGAAGCCAAAUGACAGUAUACGGGAGAGAACUUCAUAUUCCAAAACAGCAGGCUGGGAUAAUGAUGUGGGACUUCGCGGAGCUUUGCGGCUCAAAUCUUGGCCCAGCAGACUAUAUAUCUCUCGCGGCAUCUUACCACACGUUAAUUCUCGAUAAUGUGCCAUCAUUGUCAUCUGACCAUCGAAACGAAGCAAGAAGGUUUAUCACCUUGCUGGAUGCUCUCUAUGAAGCGCGCUGUCGAUUGCUUAUCCGGGCGAGUGCACAUAUUGACGAUCUGUUCUUCCCAGAGAACAAUCGUGACCAAGCAAAUGAAUCCAAAGAAGACCGGGAUGACGACAACAUUUGGCAAGAGAGUCUGUCGGAAAUAUACCAAGACAUGAACUUCCCUUUCCGUCCCAACAUUGCAUCCUAUGAUGAGAAAGAAGGCCCCUCGGUAGAAUAUAAGGCUUCACCGAUCAGGUCAACAGGCGGUAAAGCGAGUCUAUCUUCAUCAGAAUCGACGAGUCCGGGUCAUGAGACACAGUCAGAAACACAUGUGCGCACUGUGGAAAACCGAGACGGUCUUGAUUUCACGCGGCCCAGGCUCUACAUCGGGGAGGAUGAGAAAUUCGCCUUUAGACGAGCACAAAGCAGAAUCUGGGAGAUGACUAGCUCUCGUUGGUGGAGUAAGUCAACUUCCGAGUGGUGGAUGCCUCUGAAGGAUCAACAUAGACAUUGGGAGUCACCAAUCUCCAAGUCAGAUAGAUAUCUGGUCGAUGCUUCACAAAGUGGAACGGACCUCCGUGGUGAGAGCCAAGACCGUCCUAGCGCUCCAAGCUUCAGCUGGGUACACGCUUGGGGUAUGAUAAAAUGGGGUAAAAAGGCUGGAAGAUGGGGACAGGGCACUGAAGGUAUAGACCAUGCAGGGCAACGUCCUAACAAAGACUGAAAAGGGAUGUCCUUCGUGACUCGGUGACUCCAUAGGACGGCGGC